AGUCCACACACACACACACACACAAGUUGCUCAUGAAACUGGUGGACCUAGGGUUUUCUCCGCAUACACCAGAAAUGAAUGAGGAAAAACAUUUGGGAAAGGGCAAGGAGGUAGAGGUCACUAGCAACGAGGAAGGCUUUAGGGGCGCCUGGUACUUGGCUGUUAUUCUGAAAUCCCCUCCAAAAUCCACUUCAAAGAAGCGGAAAGAAUCUGGCGUAGCCAAAGUCAGGUACAAGACUCUGCUCACUGAAGAUGGGUCCGCUCCUUUGACCGAGAUGGUCGACCCCGCUCUCAUUCGGCCUCUGCCACCUCAGCAGGUGGAUGCUGAGAUGGUGUUUGAGGUAGGCGAAACUGUUGAUGCCAGGUACAGGGAUGGGUGGUGGACUGGGAUUUUGAGGAAAGUUUUGGAGAAUUCCAGGUACAGGGUUUAUUUCGACAAUCCACCUGAUGUUAUUGAGUUCGAGAGGAGUGAUUUGAGGUUGCACUGGAAAUGGGUUGAUGGCAAGUGGGUUCGACCUGAAAAGCAGCAAUCCACAGGAUCCAUUUUUAGCUCAGGCACAGCUGUGGAGGUGAAUCUUGAUAUAGAGAACUUACGUGAUGUUUGGAUCCCUGCUAUUGUUGUUAAAGAAAAUGGGGACAACAGGUUUUUGGUCAAGUAUCAGGCAUCAAGGAACAGUGAUGAGUCUGCGAUAGCAAAAGUUAUUGUAGACUCACUUCAUAUCAGACCAACUCCACCUCGUUUUGUUGACAUAAAUUAUGAGUUGCUUGAAAAAGUGGAUUGUACAUAUAAUUUUGGUUGGCGAGCUGGAGUAAUUACCAAGGUUCUCUCUGGAAGGAAGUAUAAUGUAUUUUUUAAGCAUGGAAAUGAGGAUAAAGAACUUACUCAUUUGGAAUUAAGACCUCAUGUUGAAUGGAUUGAUGGAAAAUGGGUUGGUAAAUCCAAGGAAAUCUUCAUUGCUUCCAAUGAGCCAAAGCUGUUAGGAAAUGCUCAAGAUGGUGCCUGUAAUCCCGAGUUGCCUGGAGAAGUUGAAUGUCCAAAUGCUGCCCAGGAUAACACUCUAGAGAAAACCCCUUGUUUGGUAAAUGCAUGUAAGGAUUUGAUAGAGGUGCCGGUCAAACAGUCCUCAUUAGACCAAUACAACAAGAGGGUAAAAUUGUCAAUUCGUAAUGGUAAUCCUGUGCGCUCACAUCCUUCAAAAAAGCUAACUGAAGGUAGUUCAGCAGAGAAGCCAUCCUCAAUUGCCAGUGGUCAGUUAAAAAAUAUUUCCAAGGAAAUAACAAGUAAAGAAGCAGUCCCUGAGUUGUCCACUUCAAAGACUGGAGGUGCAGGAACUAGAGUCUUAAAAAAAUCUUUGAUCGGUGAUCAGGCUUCUCCUAAGACCAAGAACCCUUUCUUGGAAAAGAUAACACAAACUGCUUCGAAUGACUGCUUAUUCUGUCAACAUCACCUUUCUAAUUGGAAAACUAAGCGACAGAAAGUUGGAUCAUUGGAUGAUCAACCAGGCAAUCUUGUUAAAAGGAAUGUAAGAGCUAGAAGAUCUCCAAAUAAGGGUCAAAAGGUUUUGGCAACAGGUGAGGAAAAUACAGGGACAGCUGAAGAAAUUAAGAAGAAUGAUGAUAAAACAAAUGCAGUUGAAACGGCUCUCAUUUUAGGGCUAAAAGCUCAAACAAGUGCUUGUCAAAUUCCUGUGGAGGAAUCAGAGAAACUUAAGAGGGAUCAGAAAAUUUUCAGUGAUUCAGUCAGAGGCAAUAGUGUGCAAACAGGUGGUGGGAGCAGCCAAAGAAGAAAGAGGGGAAGACCACGCAAGUUAGGAGUUGUGAGUUCCAAUGCUUCGGAGGCUGGUGACCAGCAAAAUGGUGAUGAAGGUGUUACAGAUUAUGCAAGUAACGGAGAUGAUUUGCCAGCUUACAAAGGAGUGGAGCUGAUAGCCUCUCAAGAUGCAUUUAGACAGAAGACAAGUGAAGUUUCAGUGAAUGAUUUCAAGAUAAGGGAGGCUAAACUAACCAUUGCUAGAGACUCAAACAGCAUAGCUGAUGAUCAACCUCUAUCAAUGUGGAUUGAAGGAAUUCACUCUUCAAGCAUUGAAGAAUCAAGAGUGUCUUUGGGGAGGACUGUCAAUGGAUUAAAUGAAGCAAGAGAAGGGCUAGCUGAUGUUGCAGAGAUGUCUCUUGUAAUUGAUCCCAAAGAUGGAAGUUUAUUGCAUGAAGAUCAAAGUUUGCCUUUCAUGAAGAAAUCACCAAUCUGGAAAACAAUAGAAUCUAUGGAUGUGUUCAAUAUGGUACCCCAGAAACCACAUUUUCACCCUUUGACUGAAAUGAAAGAAGAGUUUCGUGAGGGAUCGGCAAUUGGUAUUAUGAUAACCUUUGCUGAUUUGUUUGAGAAGAUCUCCAAGUUGGAAAUUGGUUUUCCUAGAAGCACUAUCGACAGCAUUUUGGAAAGUCUUAAUGACUUGGAAAAACAUGGAUUUGAUGUUACAUUACCACAAGGUCGUUUGAAUGAAUUACUAUCAAUCAAAGAUAGGCAAGCAAAGCUUCUAGAAGAGUUGAAAGAUUCUGAAAAGGAGAUCACAGAGAGUAGUAACAAGGUAACUAAAAUGGGUGAAGAGGUUGAAGUGAUUGAAAAGAAGAUGGCAGAGUUAGCACAGCAAAGUUUGAUGAUAAAGUCGAAAAUGGAGGCUAGGAAUCUUGAGAUUGCUAGCUUAAAGUCGGUUGGUGAUGCUCUUAAUGAACGUAUUGAGGAUGUGGCACAUGAUUUUGAGAAGACAGCUUCUGCCCCUUGGUCAUGAGUGACAUCGUUAUGAAGCUUUUGGAUUCUUGUACGUAACACCAGAUCUUGUAGAGCCCAGGUGAUAAUUCAAAGUUGUUCAAUUUGUGGAUUAAAAAAAGUAGAUGCUAUUAGAUAGUGUUCUUUUAAUUUCUAUCCAGCAUGCCUUGUAGAUUUUAUCCUCAUGAUGCAAAUGUUGCUUUAGGAAUAUUGUGUAUGGUAAGCUGUGUAUGGUAAGCAGUGUUCUUUCAAGCACCAAACUGAGUUGGCAGGGAGGUACAUCCCUGGAGUAGAACUGCUGAAUAUUUCAAAACUUGUUGUAGAUUUCAUGUAGUGUAACAUGUAGGUGCCUAACUACAAAGCGAGCAGAGAUUGUUGUUACCUCAUUUGCUAUGUAAGAUAAGUUUUUAAUUUGGUAUAUCUCAAAAGAGAGGUGGCAAAGAUGCACAGGCUCUUGAUGGGUAGAACAUAACCAGAUGGAAGAAAUAUGGAUGUAGGAAAUUCCAAUUUCUAUUGGUUCAAUUGUUGCCUGAUAAGAGGUUAUAUGUAACUGGCCAAAACCCUGUUCUAUUCUGUUGUCUGUAUUUUUCUAAUGUUUCAUUAGCUAGCCAUAUUCGGUGGUGGCCAAACCUAACUUAAUCUUGCCGAUCACUGUGGCAAUGGGAUCCUGGAUGGUUGCACUGGAGCUGGCUCGGAUAUAUUCUGUUGCCAGCAUUUUUGAA